AUGGACGCGAAUUCAGCGGAAGUGUUGCAAGGUAUGUCACUGGGUGAGGAUAAAUCUAUCAUCAUUCCUGGCGAUGAUGAUUUUUGUGCGAUGGAGAGUGGAGGACGAAGCAUAUUAGGGCGUCUGUUGAAUCCAAAGCGCCGGAACAUGGGUAGGAUGCUCAGAACGAUGCCAAAACUCUGGAAAGUUUAUGACCCUGUGAGAGGUAUUGCACUAACUAAAGAAAGAUUCCAUUUCAUAUUUGAGCUGGAGACUGAUAUUCAGAUGGUUCUCAAGAAAAGAUUCUGGACGUUUGAUGAUUGGGGGAUGGCGAUGGAACAGUGGGUUGAAACUUCUCCUCCAAACUACCUUGAGACAGCUGCAAUCCGGGUGAGGCUUCGCAACCUUCGGGGUAACUAUCUCACAUUGAAGACUAUUGAUGCUAUUGCUGAUGGAAUAGGACAUGUUAAGGUCACUGAAUUUGAUUGGGAGAAGCCACUGCUACAGGAUUACGUCAGGGUCCAAGUUGUGAUAGAUCUUAAUCAACCUAUAGGGGAUAAGAAAUCUGUGACACUACCAAGAGGUAGAGUUGAAUAUGUGGAUGUGGAAUAUGAGAGGAUCAAGAAGAAGUCUUAUCAUUGCCUACGCUUAUCUCAUGAAAAACAAAGGUGUCCUCUGCUCCAAGGAUCACAAAAUAAAGGGAAAGGAAUAGUGAUGCCUAAUACUGCAGUAGCUCCGCAGGCCACUGAAACUAAACAACAUCAUGUUAAUCUUGUUGACAAACUUAUGCCGCUCCUUGCUCCAUCAAUACCACCGAGGUUUGAGCCUUCUUCUUUAGUGGUGGAGCCCGAAGUCUUUGAACAUAUGAGGAUAUACAUGAAUUGCGCUGAUCCAGAAGAGAGGAGUAUCAAGGAAGAACGUAUGAGAAAUACUCUCCAGGAAUUAUCGACGGAUCCUAUUGGACAAAGGUCUUGUCUGAAGUUGGAAGGAGCUCCAGUACUUUCGAAGGAAAUGAAUAAAGACAGAGGAAGGGUGUUUGAUUUCAGCAGAGUGCAAUAUGAGGUUGCCCCUGAUAUGUCUGAAUCAUCUUCUCGCAGACUAGCUGGGAAAAAGAAGCUAAUGAAAAGCAGGGAGACAACGAAAACAUUGAGAAGAGUGGUAGAAGAGAUGAAGGUUAUAUGA